GCGUGGGGGCGUGUCCCGCAGGGGCGUGUGCCAUCGCGGCGCGCCGUGUCCAUGGUGCGGGCGGCGGCGGUUGGGGUGACGGCGGGGCGGGAGAUCGGCGGCGCGGGGCCGCAUGGACGUCAUGUCCCCGCAACAGGAGCACCUCGGGCCCAGCCGAUCGUCCUCGGUGAGCGGCGAGAGCAGAGCGUUCGCCGCCGCCGACGGGAAGAAGCAAAAAAUGAAGAGUUUGGCCCAAAGACGCCAGUCUGCACCAUCCUUGAUCUUCGUCAAAGCACUUAACAGAUCUAGAUCUGUCUCAAGGGAAGGCUGCUUCUCCCCCAUCAGCCCAGAGGCAUGUCCCCUUGUGCAGUCCUUCAUGUGCCACAACAGGACGUUCCUCCUUGAUGGCCACGUGCAGCUGAAGACAGGCUUGCAGACCCAGGAGCGACACCUCUUCCUCUUCACAGACCUUCUGGUUGUUGCCAAGUCCAACCUCAAGGUAUCCAAUUGCCACUUACAGAAAGCCAAAGGAACUGAGUUUGCUCUGCAGAGGUCGCACUCUCAUUUCAAACUGAAGUGCCAAGCACGUCUCUGUGAGAUGUGGACAGCAUUUUGCACAGAAGAAGUCUGCGAAGGCAGCACCGACCCAGACAGGUCCUUUGUUUUGGGCUGGCCCACCACUAACUGUGUGGCAAAUUUCAGGUCUGCAGAGCAGAAGGAAACAUGGCUCUCCUUUUUGCAAAGUCGAAUAAGGGAAGAGAAAGAAAAAGACUAUCCUAAAAGCAUUCCUCUGAAGAUCAUUGCAAAGGAUGUUGGAACCUGUGCAUAUUCAAAAACCCUAAAUGUAACCAAUGUUGAUACAGCCAAUGAUGUCAUUCUCAUGGCCCUGCAGCAGCUGGGAAUUUCUGGCUCUGAGAAAGACUACAAGCUGUGGGUGAUUUCAGGAAGAGAAGACGCUCCAUACCCUCUCAUUGGCCACGAAUAUCCCUUUGGGAUCAAGAUGAGCCACAUCCGCGAUGCGAUGCCCCAUGGCUCAAAGCACUGUGCCUGCCCCAGGCAGCUGCAGGGCUACUUCCUGACUGAGCAGCUGCCCCAGGAGCUGCAGUGCCAGUUUGUGCUGAAGCCAAGCCGCCUGGCCGAGAGCCCACCGCUGCACGACUUGAGCCAGAAGUCAUUUAAAAGGAAAAGAUCCAUCAUAAAUUGGGCUUUCUGGCGUGGCCCAGGCACCCACUUGGACAACGCUCCCCUCUCCUCGACAUCUGCUGCCCCUGGGAAGCUCUUUGGGCUGCUGCUAACAGCCAUCUGCGAGGACGACAACCUGCCCAAGCCUCUCCUGGAUAUGCUUUCCCUCCUGUACCAAGAAGGCCCUUCCACCGAGGGUAUUUUCAGACGCUCUGGAAGUGCAAAAACCUGCAAAGAGCUCAAGGAGAAGCUGGAUUCAGGAGCUGAAGUGGACUUAGCCUGUGAAUCCAUCUUUGUGACAGCAUCUUUGUUUAAGGAUUUUCUUCGCAACAUCCCAGGCAGCAUUUUGACAUCCCAGCUUUGUGAUAAAUGGGUCUCUGUAAUGGAUCAAGGAAAUAAUGAAGAGAAGAUAAAAAGUAUCCAAAGGUUAAUAGAGCAACUCCCCAGAGCUAAUGUUGUUCUCCUGCGUUACAUCUUUGGAGUACUACAUGGCAUAGAAAUGCGAUCUGAAGAGAACCAGAUGAAUGCAUUUAAUCUUGCCAUCUGCAUUGCGCCCAGCCUGCUCUGGCCUCCUGCUUCCUCAACUCCUGAUAUAGAAAGUGAAUUCACAAAAAAGAUUUCCAGUCUGGUGCAGUUUCUCACUGAGAAUUGCUGCAAGAUUUUUGGAGAGGAGAUUAACUCCCUCUUUGGAGAAAUCCUGAUGACUUGCAAGAGAGAAAGUGGCUCAGAUGUGGCUUCCCUCCAUCUGAAUGACUCUUCCUAUGAUAGCCUGGAAAAUGAGGCAAAUGAUGAAGCCGACUCCUCUUCCAGUGACUGGAUCAAGAACCGAGAUCAGGAUAACAGGAGCAGGGAGUCCAUCUUCACUUUGAGUGACGGCGAUUCAGAGCAGACUGAGGUGGAUGAAAUCCAAAAUAAAACCAAAUCGAAACAGUUGACAAUUUCUGUUGAUGUACACCGUAAGUUUGCAUCGCAAGAAAAUUCAGAGAAGGAGUCUUUCUGCUCCAGCGCAUUGGGCUUCACUUCGGCAACUACCUCAGGUGUCCUCAAAACCUUAAGGAGACACAGGCGCUCCUCAGAGCCCGCCAUCGGCCUCCUUGCCCCCAGUUUUGUCCACGCUGGUGAUGGUCACGAGAAGGCAGCACGCAAAGCCAGUUGCGAUGUUGUCCUCUCUUAUGAAGAUGAAGACUAUCUCCAUCAGCUUCGGUCAUUGCAAAUGGAAGGACAAAAGCUUAUCAACCAGAGCUUGAUCAUAGGGAUUAACAUUGGUAAAAGUGACAACACAAACCAAAAUCUUGAAAAGAAAGACUUGCCCCAUUGCCUUCUGCCUCCAACGCCAGAAGGAUUAAAUAUUUGCUCAGGAUUUAGCUCUUCUAGCCUGUCUUCUCCCGGCACAUCUCCAUCUCUGUCAUCAAUGAGCUCCCUGGACAGUGCUUUCUCUCAGUUUUCAGACCAAUCUGUGUUUACCCCAACUGAAACCUCCUCCCCUUUUGAUAUCAGCACUUUUCAACCAGUAAAGAAACAAGAAGAGACUGCUGCUGAGCCUCCUGAUGACUAUUUGGUUGCACCCAGUAGGGUGCCCCCAUCUCCACAGCCUACCGAGGCUUUGGCUGAGGGGAGCUUGCUGGAGCCCAACAGCAGGCCGGCACCUCUGAAACUUACUGAAGGAGUUGAUGGCUAUCUGGUUAAGCCCGACAUUCAGCCAUUACCUCUGAAAGUCGCAGGAAGAGACAGACUUCAUGAUCUGAGAUCAAAGAGGAGGUCUAGGAGAGGACUGCAGCAAUCCAAAGUUUGAAGAGACUGACCAAAGCUCUUUUUUUUGCAGAGGAAUCUUAACACUUAAAAUAAACACCAUAAAGAAAAUGCCUUCGGUGUUAACGCGUGUUCAUUUUAAGUUCGGUAUCCAGGUUGUUCAAAUCCAAUUGAGCAGUCCCGGAACUCAUGGGUUUUCUUUUUCCAGGAAACUGUUAACGUUCCUACAUCACACUUUGCAAAAGAAUAUUGUAAGAAUAAUCCACAUUGCUGAAAGCAAGCAAACAGAAACUCCUGAAAAUCUGACAAGAUCCCAGGCUCUAAGUAAGAAAGCGCCCUGCUCUCAGAGCCCCUCGGGCAGCAGGGUGCCUGCUGGGACACCCCGUGACCACUUGUGUGUUGAGCCUUGCCCAUGUGAGUCUCAGUCGUGUGUGCUUUGACGUAGCGUGCAAAGUCAGUGUAGAUCCCAUAACUGUGGUAUUAUACUACUGUUCUGAAACCGAUAGGAAUGACCUUGGUUGCCCUCCAAGGAAUAAGUGUAUUGUUUUCUGUAUGUUUCUGGGGUACGUUCGAUAGGUGUAGUUAUUUCUUUCAUGCUGCAAUGGAAAGAAAAGAAAUGAGCUCAAAAAUAUGUAAAGAUAAAUGCUGAAGCUUGUAACUAACACCUCCCUGCUCUGUGUGUUCAGUCAUUUAUUGUGCUUCGUUGGCUGUUCUGUUCAUGUUUAAGUUGUGAAUAGUUCCUUAACAUCGCUGUAAAUGGCGUUAUGUAUUAUUGCAAGCAGAACACAUGUAAUUUUAUUAUGCAGCACCUAAAACAUCAUAUAAUAUAUUAAAAGUAUUGCAUUAUCUAAAUUCUUUGAGUUUGUAUAAUAUAUCCUGAUAAAUUUUGCUAUUAUAUAUGUUCUGAAAAAAUGUGUAUUUUUGUACUUGCAAAAACUGCUGCUAAUUUUAUGAGUUCUGUUCUGUUGUUACAGCACUGGUACUGAUGUGUAUGCAUUCAAUGCUAUAUAUUAAAUAUUAUUUGUUAUGUCAUCCAUUCA